GACGGGAGCUCAAGAUCAAGGUAUUAAUCCUAAUCCGAGCUCUGUUUGUGGUUCUCUUAUGCUAGUAAUCCUACAAAUCUAACAGUUUCGAGUCUAGAUAACAGUAAAAUAAAACCGUGCAUUUAGACUAGCCUUAGGAGUUAACCAGAAAGGUAAAAAUCCACACAAGAAGAGAAAAAAGGCGCCCGUGUAGGUGGCCGCCGGCCGGCCUACCAAACGACCCCCAGUGUGCCUGGGAUGGGACAAAGCACAACUGCACAAACGCAUCACCUCGUACGUUUUGACGGUUUUGCCCUCCGGUGGGACCCACAUGCCAGCACACGGCAAUGACUUGAUCACACAACUCUGCUCCCCGCCAGCUCUCGCUUGCCACUUCACUCCACUCCAGUCCAGUCUACACCACCUCACUAGCUCGCUCGAUCUCAAGCUGAACCGCCUCCAAGCUCUGCUGCACACAUCCGCCAUGGCCAGGCCGCUACGUUCCUUCUGCCUCCACCGGAUCAGGUCCGGCGGCGGCAGCGCCGCGCCCACUGCCGCGCCGCCGUCGAUAUGCGGCGCCAAGGAGGGCGGCUCCAGCGACGGCGGCAGCGGCGAGGGCAAGUCGUUGAAGGGCGAGGAGGAGGACGAGGAGGCGAAGAAGAAGGGCGGCAGCGAGGCUGUCGCCGUCGUCGUGGGGAGGAAGGUGAUGGUGGCGGCGGACGGCGGCAGCGAGGAGGCCCGGACGGCGCUGCAUUGGGCGCUCUCGCACGCCGUCCGGCCCUGCGACACGCUCGUCCUGCUCGACGUCGUCAGGGGAGGCGGCGGCGGCAGCAGCAAGAACCGUGCGACGCGAUCCAAGAGGGUGUCAGCAUUUGGAGGCGAUGAGGAGCAUCUGCCAGGCCAAGAGACCAGAGGUGCGCGUGGAGCUUUCCCUGGCGGAAGGGAAGGACCGGGGCCCGGCGAUCGUGGAGGCGGCGAGGAAGCACGGCGUGUCGCUGCUCGUCGUCGGCCAGAAGAAGCGGUCCGUCAAAUGGUGGCUGCUGUCGAUGUGGAUGGCCAGCGUCAAGGGCGCGGCCAGCGGCAGUGGCGGAGGCACAAGCGCUGCCGACUACUGCGUCCAGCAUGCUGCGUGCAUGGCGCUCGCCGUCCGGCGGAAGAGCCGGCGAGGCGGCGGCUACCUCAUCACCACCAGGCGGCAGAGGGAUUUCUGGCUCCUGGCGUGAGGUCCUCUGGAGAGCGUUUUUAGUAGUAGGUGGCAUAGACAAGGGGAAGGUGCUGGAGCUUCUUUCUAUAGAUAGGGGAAUAAAUAAUGCAGUGGAUUGGUCAUGCUGUUUUGCUUAAUGGCUUGGUUUUGCUUGUUGCUGGACUGAAAAUCCUGGAUCUUACAUGGAACUGUGGAAAGGGGGCAUUGGAUUAUUGAUGGUAUGGAAUUGGCAACAAUGGAUCCAAAGUUUAUGGAA